AUGGCACCUACAUUGCCUACUUCUCUUAGUCCGCACAUUUGCAUCCUCUCCUCUCCGGAUGUCGAGGAGCUGUUCGAGGCUUCUUCUCUUCCUGCUCUUUCGCAAACACUGCAGUCUUUUGUACCGCUCCCGCAAGUGACUACUCGGACAACCUCUCUCGCAUCAAUCCCGCAUAGUUCAUUUGCGCUUCGCUUCUCCGAUCUACAUGAGAUUGAGUCUGCAACUCAUGAAGAUGAAGAGCAGCGUGCUGGAAGAAUGAUGGAUUGGAUUGGCUCGCGCUUGAGCAUGCGCGCGCCAGCUUGGGUCCAAAUGCUAGAUGCCCAAGCUGCGGCGAAUCAGGAAGCUAACGUCAAAGAGAGCAUAUGGAAUGACAAGACACCAUGGUGGGAAGAAGUGAAAAGGUGUGUGGAGGGUGAUCAUGUUCCAAGCACCGACGAGGGCUGGAACCAUCCAGUUGCAGUGAUAAUGGCUGUGACCACAAGAGCGGCGAACCCAUUACAAGCCUUGCAGGAUCUUAAUUCGCUACCUGUUGACUUUCCCCCAUGGGUGGAUCGUACAUAUUUACGUUACUACUUGAUUAUCCAUCCCGCGAAAUCGCCGCUAGCCGACCCAAUAGCAGAAGCCCUAUUUAACGCCGUGAAAAAACAGUACGGUUUGCAUAGUUAUCUACUUCCCCUUGCACUUCCUACGGACCCGUUUCCUACACCGGUGCCCGUACCCUCCCUCCCCCCUCGCCUGCCACCACCACCAAGUGUGACCUAUGAAACACCACCACUUGCACCGGCUCCAACACCGGCUGCGCUCAGCGUACCCAGUACUCCUAGACUUCUUAUGUCUCCAGCCCCUCGUUCUCCAGGUCCUUCGAUGCUCAUGGGAAGACAGCCUUCUGCUUCUUCGCCUGCCCCCACUGGUGGACAUACAUUGCGGCUCUCGGAAGGUGAUAUCCAACAAACAGGCAAGUUUGUGCGCGAGUUUGUUGUGAUGAGUCUUGUACCAUGGAUGGAAAAGUGCGUGAUAGAUUGGAACGAGAAUGUACGUCAUCUCGGAUUCAGUAAGAAGCUUGGUCUUAACAUGAAGCAGUUCUCAUCAUCGCGACGGCUACCUUCACGUCUCUUUUCUUCCACCCGCAGGUUGUUUGGGUCGUCUAAUGUGGCUUCGUCUUCAUCGAUCCCAGCUACUCCUGUACAUGGGUCAAACCCUUCCAUUUCAUCCAUUUCGUCCAAAGUUUCGUCUCACGCACCAAGCAACUCUGUAAGCUCUGUGGCAUCUGUAUCAUCUAUUGGUACCAUAGGUGGUGGUAUUGUGACGCAGCAACGUCGACUCGCUGAAUUUGCUACUGUACUGGGAGAUUACAAACUGGCAACUACAGUAUGGGAGAAUUUAAGGAAAGAAGGACGAGGGGGUUCUGACAUUCUUCCCUUAUUGUUGUCCCCAUCCCCCGCGUUGGCGUUACACGUAGCGCAUGCUAUCACUCUUUUACAUUCUCUUAGUCCACAUGCUUAUGGUUCUCCAGCCCACGCACAGUUACGCGCAUUGUCAUUUGCAGUCCGAUGGGCAAUUGGUAUUGACAAGCGGGAUUUUCUGAGUGCAGUACUGGAGGGGGAGCGAUGGUUGGUGCAGGCUGCUGCAGGUGUACGUCGCCCUUUCCUGUCUGAAAUAUCUCUACUCUGUUGGCCUAUGCGUCUCGAUUUCGGCUCGAAACUUAUAAGAUCUAUUAAGGCAGAAGAGCCUCCAGCUACGGCUUUGCUUGCCCAUGCGGCAUUCCUCAGCGAGAAGAAGGGUGUACGGAGAAGAUCUGCUCUAUGGUACUUGUCUGCAGGGGACAAGUUUGAGAAAUCCGGCCACAAACCGCUUGCAAUGUACUUCUUCCGGAAGGCACACGAACUGUACAAAACCCCCCAUACGAAACAAAUCUCUCCCUCUUUCUGGGAAAGCGAGGGCGUAGACCAUCGCCGUUGGAAAGGUUUUGAAUCUGUGCUGCCUGGAAUUGAGCAUGAACUUGGAAGACUCUUAUACACGACAGGUGACACUGAGGGGGCUGUUCGAUAUUUCACUGGUCUUCUGCGGAAAGCCCCACUUGCUGGUAGCAUAACUUCCUUAGAUCUCAUGAAUGGAAGUGGAUCGACGGAGGGCCAGAUAUCUGCAGACAAAGUUUACCUGGAAGAUUUUAGGGUAGCCUUGAAGCAUUUCAGGACCACCGAACAACAUAAAUGGGAGGCAUCUUCCUUGCAGUUACCUGUGAUGUUCUGUCAAGCCAGGCAGACUCGAGUGCGACUGCCCAACGAUAUUACCGACGGAGAUCCAUCAAGAUGGGCGAAACUGGAAGAUGACUGGUCGAACUUCUGGGCCUCCCGCGGAAAGGAGAAACUCGAACGAAAUUGUAGGGCUGCUGUAGACGAGCACUUCUGGGUUGACAUUGCCAUGCAGAAUCCGUUAGAUGUCGAAGUGUCGCUAUCAGAGCUGUCGGUGAUAGUCAAAGAAGCUGUCGCAGAUGAAACGAAGGACGUCAAGGACAUUGUUGACGUGGAGAUUGUGGACGAAAUUUUACUAGGAGCUCGGGAAAUGCGUACUAUCCCGAUCGCUAUCAAGUGCAGAAGACCCGCUUCGUUACUGAUUACCCAUGUCACAUAUAGUUUUCUGUCUCUACUUCCAGCUAAAGAGUCUCUGGCAGUACGUGGACGGCGCUUGCACGACACACCACAACAAAGGCAGAAUAAGGCCUAUGCACCCGAUGUGGUCAUUAAGGUGAACGUGGAAGAAGCUGGUCAGAGAUUGUUUGCGAACUUUGUCGACGAUAGGCAUCUGGUCCUAGCUCAUGGCGAGCACAAACGUCUCAAGCUGUGGUUAUCGAACUCUGGGUCGAAGAAGAUCAGUGAACUAUGGCUUGUGACAGGAACGGAAGAUGGGAUUUGGGUUAAUGAUGACUCGUCUAAACAAGACUCGCUAUUCCAAUUGCCACAAAGCGAGGUCCUGCAUUCACACAAUUCUCUUGCUCCCGGAGAACCGAUACGCCUGCCACUGACGGAUCUCCACGGAUCAUCUGAACUCGCACCUGGCGAGAACCUGCAAUUCUCUGUUACAUUUCAUGCUUCGCAAAUGGCUGAACAGGAUCUUUGUUUCCUAUUUAUUUUCCGGGAGUCUGAGAGUAUGUCCUUCCGAUACGCUCGGGCGGUACGUCAUUAUGAGGUUAGGCCGAUCCUGAAAGUAGUGGCACAUGGGCGUCCAAGUGAAGCGCUAGACCAGCUUUUCGCGCUCAGCAUGGAAGUGGAAAACGUGACAGGAUUCACGGGCAUACAACUCUCGCAGCUCACUACAGUGAGUCCUAUGUGGUUAUGUAAUUUUCCAGCACAGCUGCAUCUCGGAAAAGUGUUACCGCACCAAAUUACCAGGCUAACGCUGGGUAUCAGACCUUGGCAGAAAGAAGUUGAAUCCAUUAAGCCAAUCUCGCAAUUUGUGGCCCAAAAGCUCCAGGCUGUAGUGCAGGGAAACCAGCCGGAUUCCACAAAUCCGCCUUCGGUUGACCUAUUAUGUUCGCAUAUCACAGCAACCAACGCAAUCACUUCGGUUUCUGCGCCUCCUACGUGCCAUUUCAUGCACUCCGGGAAACGAGCAUUUGCUUUCCGCGCGACUACAUCCUCACAUCCGCACAUACCAGCCAACAGUCUCAAAUCAAUAUUCCCCUUAUAUAAUCCAUACACUAUUGAUAUCAUGCUAUUCUGGGAGAUCCCGUCGGAGAAUCGCCACGGCCACAUCUUGGUUCCUGGACUUAUAUUAGGAGCCAGCCAUGCACCGCUGAAGGAGAUCUUAGAGGAUGCGGAGAGUGCAAAGGUUAAGCGGUCCAUGUACGCUGAAACCCAGCGAGAGCGAGUAGAGAUUUUGAAAGCGAUUAGGGGCUCCGAGUGGAAUUUGGAACUGGAUCCAGUGGUGGUGACAACGGAAAGCAAUGACAUAGUAAACCACGACUUUUCCAUCGGGCCAUGCAGCGUCCCCGUUGCAUUCACCCUGCGAAAUUACUCGCCCACCAAUCCGUGUAGGGUCGUCAUGAAGUUCGAUUCGAAAGUAGAACAGCAUAAUGGACAUCCGUUACGACCUCGCUUCGCCGGCCGAUUAACUCAUCGCGCGACAUUAGAGGCAUUGGAGUCUGUCAUAUUCAAAGUGAAAGUCUGGGUAGACCGCCCUGGGAAUUUCGUACUGGACGGUUGGACAGUAGAGACAGAAGUGGGAGAACAGGUAGACAGCAGGUCUCUAGCAUCGGCAAACGUCUGGCGUUCUCGACACUUACAUUACUUACAAGGGCCUUAUCCGGGAAGCUUGCCUUGUGUUACUGUAGUUGGCAUGGGACACUCACUCUAA